CUUGUCAAAGAGUGCUUUUGGUUGAGAAUUUUUUUCAUUAUCAAACAACAAUUAUUUCAGUAUCUUGACAUGUAUAUACAAACAUCAUAUACCAAUAUUUAUAGCUGUUACAGGUAUAUCGCUUUCAUAAACUGGUCUGAAAAGUAAAUGGUCGUGUUUUGAAUUAACUUUAAGCCUCUGUCGGUCUCGAAACAUCCAGUAAUUUUUCAUCAUCAUCGGGGGAUUCCGCGCGAGCUGGCAGCCUCUGGGUCCAGAGUGUGAAACCAUGUCUCUGGAAAACCGUAUCAUUCACGCUGUUCUGGACAAACACGAGGGAUUUCUCCGGCGCCAUCUUGUUCUCUCGCCGGACGUCGUCGACAAGCUCCGACAAAGGUUCGUCAUUACGAACAGCACCACAGAGAGGCUAAACAAGGUUUCCUCAGAUGUCCAAGUCACUCUUGUAAUUGACAUUCUUCGUCGCCGUGGAAUUCGAACUUUGGCCAAGUUUCUGCACAUUCUCAAAGAUUCAUUAGAUGGUUGGAUUGCAGACAAGAUAUUGUGUACCGACCUUCGGAUACUCAGUAAAUACAUUCUCACAGACGAGAGGACACUUAGUGAUUACAUCAUCAGAGUAUGCGGCCCCCCUACUCCCGAACCAAUCUUACAACCAGUUAAGAAACCGGUCAUAAAAGAAGAAACCAAACCAAAACGACCAAAAACACCCCCUGAACCACAAAGAAACAAAAAAGAGUACGGCCUGUUUCAUACACUCCCUCAACCUACGAAAAUAGCGGAGGUUCCGGGACAGGUUCAGAAUCUUCACCGCGUGUUUGAGGAGAGGCGGCUACAGAUUGGGAGUACACUGUCCAUCCUCAAACAGGAAGAGCAGGCGAUCAAGGACAUCUUGGAGAAGAACGUCAACGAACAGCGCCAUCUGAACAAAAACCAACAGGCCAUCUACGACAUCAGCAGACGACUCCAGUCCAUCCACCACGAGGCGGGACAGCUCCUGAAAUCGGCGCCCUCUGGCGUCAUGGUGCGCAAUAGGCUGGACUAUUUGCACGGAGUUCCGUGGAAUUCUGUCAAAGUCAAUGAACACAACAUUGAAUGGCGAACGAACGAAAGAGAUUGAUGAUUAA